AUGCGUCUCUUCGCAGCGCUGCACGCCCUCCUCUGUCUUUCUCCCCUUGUACACGCUUCUCCCUACCGCGAAGACCUUCUCGACUACAACCUCAACGUCAACAGGGAUGCCCAGCACCCGACAGAGUAUACCGCCUCACGCCCCAACACCACGUACACUCCCUCACCAGAGAACUGGCGUGCUCUUCCAACUUACACAAUCCUCCUCGACAAGUUUGCUGAUGGCGAUCCAUCAAACAACGACUUCUUCAAAUCGGUAUACGAGUAUGACUGGCGGGAAACACAGCUCCGCUUCGGAGGUGACCUCAAGGGUUUGCGAGCACGGCUCGACUAUCUGUAUGGCAUGGGCGUUCGAGUAGUCUUCAUGUCUGGAACACCCUUCCUCAACAUGCUCUGGCAGGCAGACAGCUACUCUCCUCUCGACUUCAGCGUCCUUGACCCUCACUGGGGUACUAUUCAGGACUGGCGGGACACCAUUGAUGCUAUUCACGCCCACGGCAUGUAUUUCAUGGCAGAUUUCACUGUAGGAACGAUGGGUGACCUAAUCGGUUUCGAGGGCCAUCUAAACACGAGCACGCCCUUUAAUCUAAAUGAAUACAAAGCGAUAUGGAAAAGACCCUCGUACAUUCCUUGGAAUUUCACGGAGUAUCGGGACUUUACAAUCGGAAACGAGCGGAACUUGUCAUGUGAAAUGCCCAGGUUCUGGGAAGACGAUGGUACAGUAGUCAAGGUAGAAACCAACGGCUGCUACAACUCAGACUUCGACCAGUACGGCGACAUGGAAGCUUUCGGUGUCCAUCCUGACUGGCAGCGUCAACUGUCCAAGUUCGCCUCCGUGCAAGACCGUCUGCGUGAAUGGGAUCCGGAGGUCAUGGGCAAGAUCGAAGUCUUCUCUUGUUUGGCCAUCACGGCGUUGGACCUUGAUGCUAUUCGUAUCGAUAAAGCUACCCAAGUCACCGUUGACGCCCUCGCCAGAUGGUCAGCCAGCACACGUGCAUGUGCCACAAGGCUGGGCAAGAACAACUUUUUUAUCACAGGCGAAGUCACUGGUGGAGAUACAUUUGGAGCACUCUACAUGGGUCGUGGACGCACACCCACACAGCAUCCUCCCGGUUUCCUUGCCGCAGCCAACCUGACAGGCGACCAAAAUGAAUUUUACCUGCGGGAAGCCCCUCUGAACGCCUUGGACGGUGUCGCCUUCCAUUACUCUAUUUACCGCGCAAUUGCCCGUUUCCUGGGCAUGGACGGAAAUCUCCAGGUGGCCUACGAUAUCUCCGUCAAUUUUGUCGAGGCAUGGAAUGAGAUGUUUGUCCGGAACGACUUCGUCAAUCCCACCACGAAACGAGUCGACCCUAGGCACAUGUAUGGGAGCAGUAACUUCGAUAUUUUCCGUUGGCCCAGUCUCGAGAUGGGCAUUCAGAAGAGCGUCUUGGCGACCUUCAUCUCUGCCCUUGUCAUGCCUGGUAUUCCCUUGUUGUACUAUGGUGAAGAGCAAAAUUUCUAUCUCUACGAUAAUGGUGCAUCCAAUUAUCUCUACGGUCGUCAAGCCAUGAUUGGCAACCAGGCCUGGAAGAGGCACGGCUGUUAUGUCCUCGGUUCGGAGCAAUACUUCAACAUGCCACUCGAGAAAUCGUUGUUCGGUUGCCACGAUGACUGGAAUGCCCUCGAUCACUUUGAUCCAACGACAGACUCCCGAUUAAUAUUCGCGCAUUUCCACCAUUUGCGCGCUGUCUAUGGUGCUCUUCAAGACGGUUUCAACUUGGUUCAGCGAGGAAAUUGGACAUAUCGCAUUCAAAGGCCUGGAUCCAAUGGAACUGAGACGGAGAUGGGUCUCUGGUCCGUUUCGCGCUCUGCUCUUACCGGCUACCAAACCGUUGGAGGAGCCUUCCAAGACCAGGUCUGGAUACUUUUCACGAACGAGAACGCUACGAAGACCUACACGUUCAACUGCAAGCAGUCGAACUGGAUCUCCUCGCCCUACGUCGCCGGUACCCAAGUUCGCAACCUUUUCUAUCCUUAUGAGACCUACGAGCUCGAGGAAUCGCUGUCUUCAUUCAACAAUGAUAGCAGAGCCCCAUGGUUCGGUUGUUUGCCCUCCGUGUCGAUGGAGCCGUUCAGUUUCAAAGCGCUCGUCCCUAUUAAUCAAUGGACCGCUCCCCUUCCUGUCAUCACCAAGUUCACACCCGGUCACGAUGCCCGUCUCUUAGUCAAUGAAGGUGAUACGAAUGCCACAACGGUUGACAUCCGGUUCGAGUUCAAUAUGCCAAUGAGCUGCACGGGUGUCACUCAGAGCAUCACACUCAAGAUGGACUCUUCUGGACACGGCAGUAACCCGACCAUCGGUAGUGUUAACUGCGACUCGAUGGCCCCGACCGCUGGAAGGAUAGCUGGUGCCGCUGCCUCGACAUGGUACUGGUCUGCAACCUUGACUAACUUCCCUGAUGGCGUUCUUACCAUCACCAUCAACAACCCUGCCGCAAGUUCUGGCAAUGCUACCACUAGUACUGUUGAUCAUUUCUUGUUGAGGAAGGGUUCGUCCGACAACGUCAUGGUCUUCCCAGAGAACGACUACGACAAAAGCGAAUCAUUCACUUUGUCCAAUGGCAAGUAUGUCUUCAACCACAAGGCAUAUGGCGCCGACCGCUUCCGGUACACUUGGAAUUUCGGUCGCAACUGGACAGAGUGGUCGAGUUGGGAGGACACCACGACCAUUGAACCCAAUUUGUUUAAGUCUUCUGAGGCGUUCUGGACCGGAGAUCACAUCAUCGUUCAAUAUUGGUCUGAAGCAACUCUUUCCGCUGCGCAUGUCGUGCAUGCUGACUAUGGUGCAUCGGCCCGUCGGGUCCCGCAAUUCUUGGUCCGUGGUCCGUUCAACAAUUGGGGUUUCGAUCAAGGUAUUCCUCAUCUCAUGGAGCAAAACGAGGAUGGCAAGUGGGAGUUGGAAAUUAUGGCUUCUUGGCCAACGUACAUUCAACUCAACGUCUGGGGCUUCGACGAUUACUUCUACGGUGAUGCGGAUGGCGAUGGUGUUCUUGACCGUCUGCCACCCAACACUGUCGCUCCCAACUACCUUAACAUCUCAGCCCCGCCCUCGCCCCAUUUGGCUUGGUCCCUUCUCGUCGAUGAUGCUACCAUGACUUGGACCUUGAAACCUCGAGGACAGGCUCUCGUCGGAGCAAUCAUGUAUGCACUCCUCCUGGCCAUUCCUCUGAUCACUGGUACCCUGGCUGUGGUUAUCUUCAUGUGGACCUUCUACGGAAUAAAACACAACCAGUACGGUGCCAAGACCAAGAGCCAUACCAACUACUUCCCCAUUUUCGGCAACAAGUCAACCUCCGACCUCAAGGAAGCCACGCCGAUGACGGAGAAGCUUUUCGGGCACAAGCAGAAUGCGGAGAUCAUUGGAUGGCCCGAGGAUAAGGCCAAACGGAGAAAGGUGCUCAUUGCCACACUCGAGUACGAGCUCAUCGACUGGAAGCUCAAAGUCAAGAUUGGUGGUCUCGGUGUCAUGUCAAGUCUGAUGGGCAAGGCUAUGACGGAUGUCGACUUGGUCUGGGUCGUCCCCAAGGUUAAGGACAUUGACUAUCCUGCUGGAGACCCUGCAGAGCCGAUUGAAGUCAUCAUCUUCGGAGAGCCAUAUCUCAUCGAAGUCGAAACCCACGUCCUCGACAACAUCACCUACGUCAUUUUGGACAGUCCCGUCUUCCGUGCACAGACUAAAGCGGACCCAUAUCCUGCUCGUAUGGACGAUUUGAGCUCGGCUAUCUUCUACUCGACAUGGAACCAAGCAAUCGCGGCCACCAUCCGUCGUUUCCCAACCAUCGACAUCUAUCACGUCAACGAUUACCACGGUGCUCUGGCUCCGAUCUACCUGCUUCCUAAAGUCAUUCCGGUAUGUCUCUCCCUGCACAACGCUGAGUUCCAGGGCCUCUGGCCUCUGCGUACGAAGGAGGAGAUGAAGGAAGUCUGCUCGGCCUUCAACAUCAGCAAGGAGCACUGCACGAAAUACGUCCAGUUCGGAAACACCUUCAAUCUUUUGCACGCUGCGGCUUCUUUCAUCAGUACUCACCAAAAGAGUAUCGGGGUGGCUGGUGUGUCUGACAAGUAUGGUAAACGUAGUUGGGCUCGUUACCCCGCCCUCUGGACCCUCAAACAUGUCGACUCACUUCCCAAUCCGGAUCCGAGUGAUAUCGCUGCAUUGGACGAGACUGCGGUAGCUCCUCGUGAUGUUCAGAUCGAUGAAGUCGCAGAAGCUGCACGCCCGGAACUCAAGAGGCAAGCACAAGAAUGGGCAGGAAUCAAGCAAGAUCCCAACUCUGAUCUCUUUGUGUUCGUUGGUCGUUGGUCGAAGCAGAAGGGUGUUGACUUGAUUGCGGACGUCAUGCCGAGUUUGUUGGAGAAGCGCCCUAGCAUUCAGCUCAUCGCUGUUGGACCCGUUAUCGAUCUCUAUGGACGCUUUGCCGCAGAGAAACUUGCUCGCCUCAUGGAACUUUACCCUGAUCGAGUUUUCUCGAAACCAGAGUUCACGGCCCUGCCUCCUUAUCUGUUCAGUGGAGCUGACUUUGCCCUGAUUCCUUCCCGUGACGAGCCCUUCGGUUUGGUCGCCGUCGAAUUCGGUAGAAAGGGCGCUCUCGGUGUUGGUAGUCGUCUCGGUGGUCUGGGUCUGAUGCCUGGUUGGUGGUAUCCUGUAGAAUCAAGUGCGACAAACCACAUGCUCUCGCAGCUUACGAAGACCAUCAAGAUGGCUUUGAAAUCUACGGAAGAAGAGCGUGCUAUCCUUCGUGCAAGAUCCGCAAUUCAACGUUUCCCUGUCGUUGAAUGGCGUCAGCGGAUGGAAGACUUCCACAAGCGCAGUAUUGGCGCAAGUCGCAACCUGGCUGGUGCAAAUGCUUGGAGAGAAUCCGAUUGCGAUGGUGGAGGUCUUCGUCCAAUGGCUGAUACUGACGAUUGGAAUCCUGUUACCCAGUCGUACCCCUCGCAACCCGACUGGGAUUCCCGCAGCAUGAAUGAAGGCCCUCACAUUCACACGCCAGGAUCCCCGGCCCAAUGGAGUCAAGAGUCAAUGUCACUUGCUGGAGACCACGCGGGCCAUCCAAGGACACCGAAUUCAAACGACGGCGAUGACUAUUUCUCCCAACAACAACGCGGUAGCGUCGCGCCUGACAGCCCGGGAGGCUACAAUAAUUUCCUGGAACGUGCCAAUCGUAUCAUCGCCAAGGAUCACAAGCACGCGCCGGAUCCAUUCCUUGACGGGGGUCUGGCGCCCAGUCGUCCGUUCGGUGCCCACUCUCGUGUCUCAUCCGUCGAAUCUAUAUCCUCUAUCGUGGAAGAAAAAUCCAACUCACCGCUCAACAAGGCCAUUGCAUCUUUCACUGAUGCCGAUGGAGGUGUCGCUUCAGAGUUCGUUCAAAAAUUACAGGGGCUCAACGCGAAAAAUUCCGAGCACGAGCUAUCCAUCGAAAAGUACCUGGUUAAGAGCGAGGAGGCUUUCUUCGGCAAGGUCCGAAAGGACAAGCUCUCGAGCGCGGCGAGUAUCCGAUCAGCCCAACGGGACUCGGUAUGGGGAACACCAUCGCCUUCCUUGUAUUCACGCCCAGAUUCUCCGAACAUGCAAAGCUUUGGACAAAAUGACUAUGAUGGGCCCCUUCACCAAGAAGCGAACCAACCGCCUGCUGCCCCGAUGACAGGUCUGCAAAUCGCAAUGUCAAGAGAAAUCGGAGGAUGGCCCUUGUACACGAUUGUAAUUGCUAUGGGGCAGAUGCUCAGCGCUACGAGUUUCCAGAUUACUCUGCUGACAGGUCGUAAUUGGCAAGAUGCUGUCGGUCUUUACGUUUUGGGAGCGGUAUUCCUCGUCGCAUCGUCAGUGUGGUACCCUCUUUUCCGGCUCAAACCGUCCAUCUACGUCCUGUCAUUCCCUUGGAUCUUCUUUGGAUUGGCGUUCCUCCUCAUUGGCCUGCCAUCAGUGAAUUCUGCUCUUCAUCCAGCGCAUCGCGCUCUGUCGAAUGUAGCCACCUGGUGUUACGCAGUCGCGUCUGCGGCAGGAUUCUUGUUCUUCGGUCUCAACUUUGGCGAGGAAGCAGGUGCGGCAACAGAAGUUUGGACCCUCCGUGCUUGUAUCGUUCAGGGAUCUCAGCAAAUAUGGGUCGCCGCUCUCUGGUAUUGGGGAUACACAUUGAACGGCAGAGAAGAUGGCUACAUUCCUCCCUGGUGGAUCGUUACGAUCGUUUGGCCACUGGCCUUCAUGAGUUUCCUCUUUGCAUACCUCAUGUUAUAUGGUCUUCCUGAAUACUACCGUCAAACGCCACCAAAGGUCCCUCACUUCCUGAAGACACUUUUCAGGCGAAAGCUCGUGCUGUGGUUCCUAGCUUCUGAAAUCCUUCGCGAUUACUGGCUGAGUGGGCCCUACGGUCGCAACUGGAGUUUCCUUUGGAGCGUGCCCAUCCCCAAGUGGCAGAUUUUGAUCCUCGUUGUUGUUUUCUUCGUCGGAGUCUGGGCAGCGAUGUUGCUUGUCCUGACGCACUUCAGUAAGACGCACACCUGGCUUCUUCCUGUAUUUGCGGUUGGUUUGGGUGCUCCUAGAUGGUGCCAGAUGCUGUGGGGAACAUCUUCUCUAGCUUUGUAUAUUCCAUGGGCUGGCAAAUCAGGACCCUACUUGGGUAUAUCUCUCUGGCUCUGGCUUGGCGUUCUGGACGCCAUUCAAGGUGUUGGAUUAGGAAUGAUUCUUCUGCAGACUCUUUCUCGACUCCACGUCUGCGCCACCCUCGCCUUUGCCCAAGUGAUUGGAUCGAUCUGCGUCAUGGUCGCUCGUGCAACUGCCCCAAAUCGCAUUGGUCCUGGUUCAGUUUUCCCAGACGCAGCGAAAUGGGACUUCGAAGAAGGGUUGAAAGGGAGCCCGAUGGCUCUGCCGCUGUUCUGGGUUGCCCUUGUUUCUCAGCUGAUCAUCGUUGCUGGUUAUUUCUGGUUCUACCGCAAGGAACAACUUGCACGGCCGUGA